GCGGCAGACGGCAACCAGCGAUGUCGAACAAGUUUGACGACGUACCGAUGAACGAGAACACCGUAAUGAAGAUGGGGAGCAUGGAAUGCAAACAUUGCAAAGAUAUUGUGUCCAAGUCGGUGCACCUUCACGCGCAGAACUGCCCCAGCUUCGACGGCUGUCUGCCUGCAGGCACUCUUGCAACCGACAACAGCAACGCUGUGAAGGCUGAGUCCGACGCGAUAUACCAUCCUUUGAGUAGACUCAUCGACCACACCUUUCUCAAAGCAGAUGCAACACCCGACAGCAUUGUAGUGUUGUGCAAGGAGGCAGUGGAGAACGGAUUUAUGUCCGUGUGCGUCAAUGGCAUGUACGCGUCCUACGCACGAGAGGUGCUGGACACGUUGACACGCGACUCCCUCAAGCGCUCGACAUGUCCUCGCCAUGUAAAAGUGUGUUGUGUCGUGGGUUUCCCACUUGGAGCAUCAUCGACUGCCGUCAAAGCAUUCGAAACGACGCAAUGCCUUGACGAUGGGGCCGAGGAGAUCGACAUGGUGAUAGCUAUUGGAAAACUCAAAGCGGGUGACCAUGCGUACGUGCUGCGAGACAUUUGUGCUGUCGUGACCGUGUGUAAAGCCAAACGCGCGUUGUGCAAAGUGAUUUUCGAGACAGCCCUGCUGACAGAAACCGAGAUCGAGACGGCUAGCCACUUGGCCAUCGCAGCAGGAGCCGAUUUCAUUAAGACGUCCACGGGCUUUUCCUCUCGCGGGGCAUCGAUUGAUGAUGUUACGACGAUGAGUCGCAUCGCACACCCUCGAAACGUCCAUGUCAAAGCCAGCGGCGGAAUCCGAACUCUGGAAGAUGCUCAUAAGAUGGUCGCUGCCGGUGCCACUCGACUUGGCACGUCAGGAGGCGUCGCAAUUACACACGGCAACGAUGUCGCAGUCGGUCAGUACUAGCUUUGAGCGUGGUGAGGAUGGGUUGCGACGAUGGGAUCGAGCAACCCCAGAACACGUUUAAGUUGAUCGGUCAUGCUGAGCUCUUGUGUAAGAAAACAGGAAUCGUACGGCAUUUCAUUGGACAAAAGUCGAAAAUCUCAGUAUUUUUAACGAAUCAAAUGAGAUUAUUCCGACACGGUGA